AUGGCCACAGAGGUGGAUUCUGGGUACUCUUUCAGGAAAACCGUGGUACUCGUGGUGGCUGUUGAAAAGCUGAAAAAAGGGUUAAUUUGCAACACGGGAUUCAAAGACACAGAUUUAAUCAAUCUGCUAAAUUACAUUUUUGUGCAAGAAGAAAUUCCAUUUGAAAACACAGAAUUCACUUUCGCUUCCAUCCCCAAGUACAAGUGCAUUAAAACAAGUCAAUGCAAUAUCAGAGAUUCUCACAAUAAGAGCAUGGCUUUGCAGCAAUUCCCUGGCAACGCCAAACUUGUAGCUGUUUCGCUUCAGGGUUUAAACACCCGGAGAGAAGAGAAGAUUACCAUGUCUUUUUACGCUACUCAGAGUUUGAGCUCAGAGCAACAAGCAGUAACUUUGGGUCUAGCGGGGAAGAACCUCUACCUAUCAUGCACCCUUGUAGAAGGCGAAGCUCAGCUGCAUUUGGAAGAGGUCAAGAACAUUAAAGAAGUGAAAAAAUGGGGCGUGGCCUGA